CCCCUCGCUCAGAGCCGGGAGGCCCGCGGAACUCAAGGCGCGGGCCCGCCCCCAGAAGUCCCCGCCCGCCGUCGGGUGUCGGCUGCGGAGUCCCGGGCCUCUUCCCCACCGAGCGUCGCCGACGCUUCCCACCGGGCCCACGCUCUAACCUCUGCUCCUAGGAAGAUGAGCAACCAGGACCUUGAGAAUUACUGGGAAAUCUGGAAACGGGAUUUCGGGCUUCACUAAACCUGUUGGCGCAGGAGGGGGACCGGGAAGAUGUCGAAGCUGCGCGUGCUCAGCACUGUCCUCGGCCAGCGCGCAAGUUCUGCUGGGGACCAGUAACAUUCAAGGAUGUCAUUGUGGAAUUUACCCGGGAAGAGUGGCAGUUACUGAACGCUGCUCAGAGGACCUUAUACAGGGAAGUGAUGCAAGAGAACUAUGGUCACCUAAUCUCAGUGGGUUACCAUGUGAAUAAGCCGAAUGCAGUCUUCAAGCUGAAGCAAGGAAAACAACCGUGGAUACUGGAAGUAGAAUUUCCACAUUGGAAUUCCCCAGAAGACCUAUGGAAAAUUCAUGACCUAGGAGCAAGAUACCAGGAAAGCCGAACCGAAAAUUCAAGAAAUGGAGAACUCACAAAAAAACAGCAAACUCAUGCCAGAGAGAAAAUCCAUAAAUGCAAUGAAUGUGGGAAGUCCUUCUGUCAGAAGUCUAUCCUCGUAAUACAUCAGCAUAUUCAUUCAAAGAACAAAACCAGGGAAUGUGACAAAUCUGGCUCUAGAAAUGAAGAUCUUUCAGUACAACAGAAAACUCACACCAGAGAGAAAACCUAUGAAUGUAAAGAAUGUAAGAAAACUUUCUAUCACCUGUCAUCUCUUAGUAGACAUUUGAGGACUCACGCAGGGGAGAAACCCUACGAAUGUAAUCAGUGUGAGAAAUCCUUCUACCAGAAGCCACACCUUGUAGAACAUCAGAAAACACACACAGGAGAGAAACCCUUUGAGUGUAACGAAUGUGGGAAGUUCUUCUAUGUUAAGGCAUACCUCAUGGUACAUCAGAAAACACACACAGGGGAGAAACCAUUUGAAUGUAAAGAAUGUAGGAAAUCCUUUUCCCAGAAAUCACACCUCACAGUACAUCAGAGAACACAUACAGGGGAGAAACCUUAUAAAUGUAAGGAAUGUGGGAAAUUCUUUUCCAGAAAUUCACACCUCAAAACUCAUCAGAGAACUCACACAGGAGAGAAGCCCUAUGAAUGUAAGGAAUGUGGGAAAUGUUUCUACCAGAAGUCAGCCCUCACAGUACAUCAGCGAACUCACACAGGGGAGAAACCCUUUGAAUGUAAUAAAUGUGGAAAAAACUUUUACUAUAAAUCAGACCUCACUAAACAUCAGAGAAAACACACAGGGGAGAAGCCCUAUGAAUGUCAUGAAUGUGGUAAAUCUUUCUCUGUGAAUUCAGUCCUCCGAUUACAUCAAAGGACACACACGGGAGAGAAACCUUAUGAAUGUAAGGAAUGUGGGAAAUCCUUCUCUCAGAAGUCACAUUUUAUCAUACAUCAGAGAAAACACACAGGGGAGAAACCCUAUGAAUGUCAGGAAUGUAGGAAAACUUUUAUUCAGAAAUCAAAACUUACUGCACAUCAGAAGACACACACAGAGGGGAAAAGCUGAUAAAUAUGAAGUGGGAAUUUUUUAGGCAGUCAUCCUUCAGAAUAAUUGGAUAAUUCACACAAGACUAAAAAAUUAGGAAUAUCAUCUAUCUAGAAAAAUUUCAGUCUUUCUUGACAGAAAGGAAAUACACAGGAAUUCUUUAUAAGGGAGAGAUUUUUACCAUAUGUCAGACUUCACUAAGUCUUAGACAACCAACGAAUAGUAAAACAUGAGGGAGACCAAUGUUUUAGAAGUCACACUAUACUGCAUAACAUAGAAAUCACAUGAGAGAAAUCCUAUAACAAAAAUUCAAUGUCAGAAAAUUUUCUGUCAGGGCAACCAUCCAAAAGCUCACAAAUAAGAAGCUCCUACCAGUAUCCUUCCUGAGCAUUCAGAAACUUUUUACACCAUGUGGACUUGGAACACUCAAAGGCACAGAUUGUAACAGGUACAGAAGGUUUUAUUGAGAAUUGAGGUUUCAGUGAACUUCAGAUCUCUGAUGCCAGGAUAGAACCUUUGUAGGCAUUUCAAAUAUGUGAAAGUUUCCGAACAAAAAUUCAGAGACAAUCUAUACUGAGUAACACCCGAAGUCAUGUUGUAGCAACUGGAUUCUGAGGGGCUUUGUUUUCUGGAGUAUUUUUUUAAAGAAACCUACAAAUGUCUAGAUAUUUAAAGCUUUUAAAAAAGCACAAACACAUUGAGAAAACCAGGGGACAUCCUCACAAACAUGUGAAGAAUCCUUUAGUAUGUACAACUAAUGUGUGUCAGUGCACUACAAGACAGCUUAUGGAUGUUUAUGUGCAUGUAGAGCCCAUCCAUAAUUGUACACAGGUAAAUAUGUAGCCUUGGUUCAGUAGUUUUCAUGUAUGUGAGGGUAUUUCACAUUACAUCUCAGCGUUGACUCCUCUUGUUACUCUUAUGUGUAUUUUAAGUGUGAUGUUCUUUUAAAAUUGUAAUGCAUCUUUUUCUAUUUCCUGGCAUUUUUAAAUGAAUGUAGAUGUUACUGAACUAAUCCUUCAGAAAGAACCUAAAUGUGUUUUUGUAAAAUUUUCAACUGUCUCAUGGUCAGCCAAAUUUUACGUUAGGAACACAUUUAUUCAUAAGAAAAGACCAGAAUUAUUUUUAAAAACAGCUGGAAACACUCUAUAAUAAAAACAAAUAAUGCUAUGUAAAGAAGUAAUACUUAUCUUACUGUUGAUGUUUUAACAGAUUGCAGAGCUAUCUGCAUUAGAAUUUUGUAUGAAUGUUUUAAGAAUGUUGAUCACUACUUUUUUUCUUCAUAGUAGAAGCAACAUGGUAGUAGUUAAAAGUGUGGACUCUGGGCUCUUACUGCCAAGGCUCAAAUUCCAGCCUGGGGACUGCCACUUAACCUCUCUGUGCCUCUGUUUCCUUUUCUAUAAAAGAGAAGUGAUAACAUUAGGAUUGCUUUGAGGUAUAAAUGAGUUAAUAUUUUUAGAGCACUUAGAAUAGUGUCUGAGACACAAGUAAAGCAUAUGUUAGAUACUAUUAAAAUUAUAAUUUGUAUUUCUUGAGUUAUGCUGGAAAAAAAAGGUUGGCUACCAACAUGGAUCACUCACUUUAUUGCUAUAGUGCCUUGGUUUGGCUUGGUUGUGCAUUUUCCAACAAAUGAUUCAGAUAUUCAGAUGUGACCCAAAGCCCACUUUUGUAGCCUACAGCCAAGAAUGGUUUUACAUUUCUAAAUAGAUGGAAAAAAAUAAACACUAUUUUGUGACCUACGAAAAUUAUAUUCAAAUUUAUGCCCAUAAAUAAGAUUUUAUUAGAAAACUAAUAAAAAAAAAAAAACAUCUGUCUCUGUUUUGCCUGAGGCUGCCUUUAGCACUAAAAGAACAGAGUUGAGUAGUUCUAACACAGAUCAUAAGGCUCAGAGAGCCUAAAAUAGUUACUGCUGGCACUUUACAAAGUCAAAUUUUUCUGUUACCUAGAGCUGAAAACAUCAGAACAAUGUAUAGGAUGUACUUUUAUAUAGGUUAUGUGUUUGAGAAAUGCACACAGCAAUUUGUGGGUGGGUGGUUUUUGUGCAGUGUAUUUAUUUUGUACAUUGUAUUUAUAUGUUAAAAGCCUAAACAUUAGAAUUUUUUUCAAAUAAAUGUGUUUUGUUUGUUGAAUUAUCAUAAAAAAUGGAACAUUUUCUGAUGGAAUGUAGCAGUACAUGUAGGAAAUAAACAUUGUGUAAAUUAAAACAAA